AUCAUUUUUUUUAGUCGCUGUGAGUGUGUGGAAUUUGAUGGGUCGCUCUCGCUUUGAACUUUUGCAACGCAAUGUCAAGCACAUUUCGCACAUUGCAUCAUGAGUAUUCGUAGAAUUUGCUUUUACAGUGAAAUUUCCGUGCAUUAAAGAAGCGAAACAGCAUGAUAAACACGUCGAGAGUGCAAUGAAGAUUGUUUCCACAUAGGGCUGUGAUAAUUAGCGUUUUUUGACAUCCGUUUCCACGUGGUUCGAACUUCGAGUUACCUGCUGUCAUUUCGAAGUCUACGUGUCUUGAAAAGCGUUUCUUUUGUGUUUUGUUCGUGUUUGCAUUUAAAAGGAGACAUGGAGACGUUAAAUAUGGCUAAGCUUAAUCUAUCCAGCGUUAGAAACAACGCGCCAGUUGAGAAUGCCCCGCCGAAACAAGAAGUUUCGGACACCAAGUCGGACACCAGCCUACUAACAGACCCUGAGGAGGAGUAUCACUGUGAAUAUAGCAAGGACAUCUGGAAGACACUGCUGGAGCAGGAUGCUGAGAAGCAACCCAUCCAUCUUCAGUCACCACAGUUGGAGUUCCGAGGCUCCCUGGUCCAGCAGCUGCGGGAUGUGAGCAAGAAGCUGGGCCUCACGCAGGCCUCCCUGCACUCGGCUGUGGCACAGCUCGACUUGUUCAUGGACGCGCACUGCCUGAGAGCUGACCGGCUCACUCACGUUGCGUUGGCUUGUUUGAGUCUGGCAGCAAAAAGCGAAGAGAAUUUCAGCAGGGCACCCACACUCAAGACGUUAUCAAAAGUCAGCGGAGUCCAGCUAUGUGGCAAGGCCUUCAGACAGCUGGAGUGGAUGGUGGGCCAGCACGUCAAGUGGAGGCUGCUGGCGCCCACUCCGGUGACCUUCGCGUCUCUACUGGCACAGUAUGUGGUCACCGACUGCGACUUGACCACGAGGCAUCCCAAGUUUGUGAGGAGAUUCAAACGUGAUGGAGCUAAACUUUUGGAAGCGUAUUUGGAUAUAACUUUGUCUGAUGUGCGUCUAAAGGCGGCGGAGUGCGUGGACGUGGGCUGCGCCUGCGUGGCGUGCGCGCGAGCCGAGCUCGGCCUGAGCGCGUGGCCCGCGUGGCUGGCCGCCGCCGCCGGCCGCGAGCGCCCCACCGUGGCGCCCCUGGCGCGGCUGCUGCAGCGAAUGAUGCAAAAGCUGAAAUCCCGUGAAAAUCCAGACUCAGAGCUAGAUCAAGGCUACAGUAGCGCGAAGACUUCACCAAACGUAACACCCUGUACAUCACCCAGCCACCAGAUAUCGCCAUCAAGUUCCUGCAGCGCAUCGUCCCGUAUAAGCAUCAUAGACACAUCGUAUAGACAACAUCCGGUGAGGCAAGACAUAUCCUCUACGUUCCUAGAUCAUUCUAGAAGGCAAGAUGUAUCCUCUACGUUCAUAGACCAACAUUCUAGAAGGCAGGAUGUAUCCUCCGUCUUAGAUGUCAGUGAUACAAAUUUGUCAGAUGUACCAAACCUGCAAUACACUAAUAUAUAUAGACUGCCCAUCGAUGUGACCCAAAGGGUCAACAACCCGGCUGACUAUAGGUUCUGUCGGUCAAACAGGUUGCUGGAAUCUGGUUACGAUUCUGUGCAACCGUCUGCCGGUGUUGCAGUUAAACGUGGCUUAGAUAGUAACGUAGAGUUGGAUAGGAAAAGGUAUCGGUUAACGUCACAGUUGUCUCAGGUGGUUCUAUGAUUGUUUGUGGUUUCAUCUAGUCUGUGGCUUUGGUACGGAUGACGGUUGAUUUCUUUUUAAUUUCUCAAUUAACAGUGCUAGGGACUGUUUCUUGGACGACGGAAAACCUGUUGAAAUCAGUGAAACUGCAAAAUUCUAUUACAUUUGUUAUGUUUGCAUUUUGUGUUAUAAUUGCGCUUUUGCCUUUUUAUACAGGUAUAUUCUCAACAAAAUCACAUCUAGACUGAUGAACUUAAUUUUCCUAUGUUUUUGCAUUUACUUUAAUUUCCUCUGUGUUACUGAAAAUGGUCUUUGAUUGUUACAACGUCAGUCUAGAGAAGUGCAGACUAUGGCAGUAAAACUGAAAAUGUCAAAGAUUACUUACAUAAAAUGCAUCUAAAACGGCUAUUAUUUAAAAACCAUGGUCACAAGUAAGCCCCUGUGAAAGAACACCAGUUCAUUACAUUUAUUUGUUGUAUUAUUUUCUUGUUUUAAUGUCAUUAUGUGCAUUUUAGUGCCGUUAUUUUGUUUCUGUCUCUAACAAGGUUGGUUAUUCGCAAUAGCGCUAAAAUAGUAGUACUCUGCAAUUUGUUAUGUUAAAGUUGACGGUUGCAUGUCAAAUUUCGGUUUAAUAUGAUGCUUAGAUUAGCGUGUUGACGAAUAAUGUUUUACUUUUGACAACUGUCCUGUUAAUAAACCUCGCUUUAACAAAUAAGUGACGUAAAUAACCAUCUAUAAUGACUGUAAUUAGUUAAUGACCUUCAGAACUUUCCUCUGCCCCAAUUUUUUUGUAAACUACACACAUAUUAUAAAGCUGAACAUUCUGAUAUGUAUUUAUUAAAAAAAAUAUAUCUACCUCUUUAGUUCAUGUUAUUUUGUAGAGGUUUUUCACACUGCCCUGGUCCAACCUCUCGUAAUAUUAAAUCUUAAUCAUCUUUUAGUUUAAUUUUAGUCAAAUAUUGCGUUAAUGAUUAAAAAAAAAAUUAAUUAGUAAUGUCAGAAAAGUAAAAAUAAUUUGAGAUUGCGAAAAUAUUGCGAUCUAAAACAUAUAUAAUAUCUGUGGCAAAUAAUAUACACUGUGCUUAAACAUAUUAAACAUUCUUACUUAUUAUAUAAUAAUUCAGAGUAGUUUAAAAUUGUUAUACUCCGUUCAUUAAAUUGAAAAGAGUGAAAAAACUACUAUAAUCUGGUUUUACUAUCGCUUUUUUAUUAAUUAUUAUUAAUCCAAAAAAUACUAACAUACCACAUUUUAUAACAUAUUCUGUAAUGUUAGAUAGGAACAAAUACUGUCAUAUUCAUGAUCUUUAAUUCAAAAACUUUAAAAAGAUAGCAAUAUAUAUCAUGAGAUUGAAAGUAUUGGUUAAAAAAUGUACGUAAACUCUAAAAAGACGCUCUCUAAUGAGUGCUUUGAAAUGCCCAAAUAUAAGCUUAUUUAAAAUAAAUAUAAUAAUUUAUUAAAAUGAAUGUCACUCAUCAUCAUCUGUUUAUAUCAAUAUAGAUCGAUUAAAAAAAUUUGUUUGUUCAUUGUCCAUCACAAUAUUUUGAGAUGGGAUAUGAAAUUUUGUUUUUCUUCAUCCUAUCUAACAGUUAUACUCAAAUGUAUGCGAUUCGAAUAAAUUAACUAACAAAAAGAGAUUGUAUAAUCGAAAUAAUACUGCCGUAAAUAUAUUAUAAUGUAAGCUAUUUUAUAUAAUGUAUCAAUAACUUCACAUAUUUGCGUAUAUUAGGCCUGUUACACUGUGACAUUAAAAUCUUAACACACCCGUGUGUUGGCAUGAUCCAUGUAAACCAAAGCCUGUGAACGCAAAUUCAUUAUGUAUUUUAUUCAUGAUUGUUUGCAAUAUCUUACAAAUAGACUGAGCAAAAUUUUUUUUUAUAUUUUUGGAUUUUGGUGCCGGCAAAAAAUAAGUUAUAAACAGUUUCCUGUGUGUUGUUAAUAUUUCAAUGUCACAGAAUUCAAGGCCCAGUGUGUAAGUAAUUUUUAAGACUGAUAGACAAAGAGAAAGAGCAUUGAGAAUGCGAUGUAUGGCGGCACGCGGCGAAGUGUAAACAAAUCACUUGAGAAUGAUAAUAAAAUUAUCAUCAUCUAUUGUAAGUUAUUGCUCGUCCAGCUAAAGAUAAUUCGAGCAUUUAUAGUGCGAUAUAAAAGAGUAGAAAUUAAUAAAAAUGGAACUAAUAAACUCGCUGGGUGGCAACUCCACAUCACUGUCAUUAUCACAAGGAUCAUCAUAGAGCAACCAAUCAUUAUUGAUAGUUUUAUCAGAUUUCUAAAAUUAGGUAUUAUUUGUUUAAAUAAUGUUUGUUGUUGACCACAACUAACAUUGAGAUGUGGAAAUUUCCUCUUUUGAGCGCCUCAUUUAUCAUGAACUAGUAACACAUCUAACAUUUAACAUCAUUGAUAUGAACGACAAUAAAUGAAGUAGAGCACCCCAUUUAUUUUCUACUCUUUUGUGUCACACUAUACGUACACAUGUUUUAAAUACAUGUGAUUUUUUUAAAAAGAAUACAAUUUAGGCUUCUUUGUAGAGGCUGAUGGUUGCCAAAGCCAAUGUCUCUAUUUUCAUUUCAUAAUAACAAAUGAAUAAUUUUAUAUAAUUACUUACUUAGUUGAUUUUCUUUUUAAGGUGAUUUUUUAAUUAUUGUGAGUCGAACUGUGAUUUUAGCAGAAUUUAUAGUUUAAGCAGUCCUCCCAGUGAAAAGUAGAGUAUUGUUGCGUACUUUAGAACGUUUUAAGUGUUGUAGGAACAAAAUGGCGAAUACAUGCCUUGAAUAUCUUUAUUUUAGUUGAUUUAAUACUACUGAGUGGGGUGGACUGUUAUAAUUUAAAUAAUAAUUUAAUAUAAUUUGAUUUUGUGAAAUAACAGUUUGGUUUUUGGCCAUUUUUGUAAUAAUUUAAAUAAUUCCAAAGUAAUGAAAAGUUUUCCUGUGUAAAACAUCACCUUAAUAUAUUUUUCUAGUAUUUAAUAGUUUAAUUUAUCUGCAUAACAUACAGAUUAUGUUAUAUUGUAAAUAUUGCACUAGAUGGUUGAAGUUUUUUUAUUUGCUCUGACUAAUGGAGGAAAAUAGUCGAUGAAUUGUUAUUUCGUUGCGUUUAUAUUUUCUAAAGGAGAAAGUUCUCAAUUAUGAUUUUUUCAAUUAACUUUCGUAUAACCAUUAUUUGGUUGUAUGGACAUGAUUACCUCUUAGUUUGCGCAUAUUUAAUUACAAAUGCGGGACUUUUAAUCUCAUGUAAUCGAUCUCUGUCUCUUGGCAGUUUCAAUUUUAUAAAUUUGUUCCUAUGGAAGUUUUUUUUUUGGUUUUCCAUGUGAUCUUAUGCAAAAAUUGUAAAUGAUCGAGAUCUCAAUGAUUCAAACCUCAAUGUGUCUUAAAAAAAGGGUGAAAAGGUAAAUCGUAAACUGAACUAAGAUCACCAUAUUAUUCGUUUUUUGACAGUUAAUAACCUGUCAAAAAACGAGUAACGUGAUGAUUGUAGUAUAAGGUUAGAUGUACUAAAAGUAUUGUUGGAUAGAAAUAUAUAAAGUAUCAAUGUAUAAAGGAACUUAGAAAAACUAAUAAAACUGAAAUGCUUCUAGUGCGAUACAUGCCUUAGCGAAUUAAUAAAAAUGAAAAAUACAUUUAUUUAUUUUUUUAUAAGGGUUGUUAGUGAUGGCGAGAGGUUGUGAAAUUGUGAAUAGAAAAGAAUGUUGAAUGUAUUUAAUUUAUUUUUUACACAAUAGUGUUUUAGACACAGAUAAAGGAAAAAAAAUAAGAAAAUAUAAACUGCAAAGGUGACUGUCGGUGUUUGUCCGACCAAAUGUAACUGAUAUUUUCUUUUAUUAAGUUAUAAUAGACUAUAUGAUUAUUAUCAUAAGAUCUAUUUUGCUUUGAUAUUCAGUUACGAAAAAAAUAUCAAGCGUGAUCAGGAUUCAUGUGAAUAUAAGCAUAAAAAACUGCAUAUCUUUCACUUAUUUCACAAUUAUGAAUGUCUUCUUUUGCUAUCUAUUCAAUAUUUUUCUAUUAGUAUUAACUCUGACAGUCGGCUGUGCAAUCAAAUUUAAACAUGUUACAAAAAUCAUCUUUUUUCCUUUAAUUGUGUCAUUGUAUUCUAAAAAAAGUUUUUUUUUGUUAACGUUACAUAUUUAUGUGCUGGAACCGCGUAAUUUAUUUCGAUUGCAGUGGACGUAGCUAUUUCUUUUAAUUAUUCUGCAUUAAUGAUGUCUUACUUUUUGUGAGUUGUUAGGAGAACCUAUAUAUUUUAAAAGCAAAUUUUUAGAUUUUUAUUAUGCUGAGAAACUGUUUUUUAUUUAUUUAUACAACACAACAGUACAAUAUUUUUCUUAUUUUAUGAUUGUACAUGACGCAAUAGCUACGUCCCUCCCUCAAAAUGUGUUUUGUGGGUUAUUUUUGUUAUGCCUAUACCAAAAAAAAUGCUUUUUUCUUAUUAUUACAAAGUUACCAUUGUAAAAAUUUAUCGUAAUAUUUCUCGAACCUCACCUUUGUUAAGUCUGUUGUAAUGUAAGGUCAGCAAAUAAACCCAAUGUUUAGUAAUUUUUCAAAGCCAAUUUUUUUACUCAUAGAAAUUGAUUAAUCGACAAUUUUUUUUGCUGACAGUACAUAUGUCGGUCGGAUGUAUAAUUAAAAAUGUAACGUGCUUCCGAUGUUAAAAACACUGUAUUCCAUGUAGUGGAAACACACUUAUAACAAGCCACGCGGUUUAAUACAUUUAUUUAUCUGGUUAUUUAAACUAUUAGAAGAAAGUAAAGAGACGCGUUUGUCGUGUCUAUUGUUUAGUGUGUGGUGGUUUGUUGUAAGUAUGCUGGAUUUAUAUAUAAAGUUAAAAAUAAAGCCGAUUUUUUGUACUUAA